CGUGUUAGCGCUUUAAAUAUGGAAAUAAAAUUGCCCGGCGAGUAGCUCGGGUAGAGAGAGGCACUCGCGUAUACAGCCAGCCUCUGACUCGCAGGUUGUGUUACUUUACCCCCGGCGUGGUCGCAGCCAACAGAGAAAGAGAGAGAGGAAAUCCCCUGGCUGUGUGUUUCGUGGUGCCUGUUCUGAGGCAGGGACAGUGAGAAGGCUCCCAAACACCCGUCUCCGGAUAUUACUACAAAGUGGAACUCGAGCACCCAGCUUCGAGGAUGGAAGACGAGGCGGUGUUGGAUAGAGGAGCCUCCUUCGUUAAACAUGUCUGUGAUGCAGAGGAGGUAGAGGGCCAUCACACGGUUUAUAUUGGGGUUCACGUGCCGAAGAGCUAUCGGAGGAGGAGGCGACAUCGGCGACGGGGAGUUGGCCAGAAGGAGAGGAACAAAGAGCGAGAAAGAACAUCCGAGGCUUUGGACCGGUCUGAUACAGAAACGAAUGAAGACCAGACAAGCGGGAGCCUGUUCAAACCCCACAUUUCACCUGCAGCGGAGAGAAUCCGUUUCAUCCUCGGGGAAGAUGACGAGAGCCCUGCGCCCCAGCUCUUCACGGAGAUGGAUGAACUUUUGGCUGUUGAUGGGCAGGAGAUGGAAUGGAAGGAGACGGCCAGGUGGAUCAAGUUUGAGGAGAAGGUUGAAGAAGGAGGUGAGAGAUGGAGCAAGCCACAUGUGGCCACACUCUCCCUGCACAGCUUAUUUGAACUCCGCACUUGUAUAGAGAAGGGAACAGUCAUGUUGGAUUUGGAAGCUUCAACUCUCCCUCAGAUUGUGGAGAUGAUCAUUGAAGAGCAAGUUGCAAAAGGGCUGUUGAAAGCUGAGCUGAAGGAGAAGGUGACCUACACUCUGCUUCGGAAACACCGACACCAGACCAAAAAAUCCAACCUCCGCUCCCUGGCUGAAAUCGGGAAGACGGUGUCCAGUGCAAGUAGGCUGUUUUCCACAUCAGAUAAUGGUAGCCCAGCGUUAAUGCAUCGCAACCUGACCACAACCAGCAUGAAUGACAUCUCAGACAAACCAGACAAGGACCAGCUGAAGAACAAGUUCAUGAAGAAGUUGCCUCGGGACGCCGAGGCCUCCAAUGUGCUGGUGGGGGAAGUGGAUUUCCUGGAGGCCCCCUUCAUUGCCUUCGUGCGCCUGCAGCAGGCUGUGAUGCUGGGGGCUCUGACGGAGGUCCCUGUGCCAACCAGAUUCCUGUUUGUUCUGCUGGGACCGAAAGGCAAGGCUAAAUCCUACCACGAGAUCGGAAGGGCAAUUGCUACACUCAUGUCAGAUGAGCUAUUUCAUGACAUUGCUUACAAAGCCAAGGAUAAUGAAGAUCUCUUGGCUGGAAUCGACGAGUUCCUGGAUGAAGUAAUUGUCCUACCGCCAGGAGAGUGGGAUCCUGAGAUCAGGAUUGAGCCCCCAAAGUCGCUGCCUUCUUCUGAUAAAAGGAAGAACAUGAUUUCAGGAGGAGAAAGCAUCCAGAUGAACGGAGACAUGCCUCAUGACAGUGGUGCUGGGGGUGGGAGCCAUGAGGUGCCGGAUGAACUGAAGAAAACCGGAAGAUUCUUCGGUGGUUUUGUGGCGGACAUCAAGAGGAAAGUCCCGUGGUAUGCCAGCGAUUUUUAUGACGGACUGAGCAUCCAGUCUUUGUCUGCCAUCAUGUUCAUCUACCUGGGGACCGUAACCAACGCCAUCACCUUCGGAGGACUCCUCGGAGACGCGACGGACAACAUGCAGGGCGUGCUGGAGAGUUUCCUGGGCACAGCCAUCAGUGGAGCCACCUUCUGUCUGUUUUCUGGACAGCCACUCACCAUCCUGAGCAGCACGGGGCCAGUGCUCGUCUUCGAACGUCUCCUCUUCAGCUUCAGCAAAGACAACGCUUUUGACUACCUGGAGUUCCGCCUUUGGAUAGGGUUGUGGUCGUCCUUCUUGACCUUCAUCCUCGUUGCCACUGACGCCAGUUUCCUGGUCCAGUACUUCACCCGUUUCACUGAAGAAGGGUUCUCAUCAUUGAUCAGCUUCAUCUUCAUUUAUGAUGCCUUCAAGAAGAUGAUUAAACUGUCCCACUACUACCCCGUUAACGCAGACUUCAAGGUGGACUACAUCACUCUGUUUAGCUGUACGUGCCUGCCACCUGAACAAGGUGUGAAUUCAAGCCUUCUUUGGAAUAGCUCUGACCCGCUGACUUCAGCCAUUCCCAGGAUAUACAAUGACACCAUUCACAGAAACACAAGCAUUGACUGGUCGUUACUGUCCAAGAAAGAAUGCCUGAAAUACGGAGGCCGCAUGGUUGGUGCAAGUUGUCACUAUGUCCCAGAUGUCACCCUGAUGUCAUUCAUCCUUUUCCUCGGUACCUACAGCUGUUCAAUGACACUAAAGAACUUCAAAACCAGCCCCUAUUUCCCAACCAGGAUCCGGAAGCUAAUCAGUGACUUUGCCAUCAUCCUGACCAUCCUGAUCUUCUGCGGCUUGGAUGUCCUGGUUGGAGUCGACACACCAAAGCUAAUCGUGCCAAGUGAGUUCAAGCCAACCAACCCAAAGAGAGGAUGGUUUGUGCCGCCAUUCGGAGGCAAUCCAUGGUGGGUGUGUCUGGCCGCUGGCCUCCCAGCUCUCCUCAUCACCAUCCUGAUCUUCAUGGACCAACAGAUCACAGCCGUCAUUGUCAACAGGAAGGAGCACAAACUGAAGAAAGGGGCUGGCUAUCACCUCGACCUCUUUUGGGUGGCAAUCCUCAUGGUUAUCUGCUCCUUCAUGGGGUUGCCAUGGUACGUAGCAGCCACUGUCAUCUCCAUUGCCCACAUUGACAGCUUGAAGAUGGAGACUGAAACCUCAGCACCUGGGGAGCUGCCCAAGUUCUUGGGAGUCAGGGAGCAACGAGUAACGGGCAUUUUUGUCUUCAUUCUGACUGGUGUCUCUGUCUUCUUGGCUCCCAUUCUAAAGUUCAUACCGAUGCCAGUACUGUAUGGAGUAUUUCUGUACAUGGGUGUUGCUUCCCUGAAUGGUGUACAGUUCAUGGACCGGUUGAAGUUGCUGCUGAUGCCUGCAAAACACCAACCAGACUUCAUCUACCUGCGUCAUGUCCCCCUGCGCAGAGUGCACCUCUUCACCUUCAUUCAGGUAGUCUGUCUCACCAUGCUGUGGAUCUUGAAGUCAACGGUGGCAGCCAUCAUCUUUCCAGUCAUGAUCCUGGCGCUGGUAGCCGUAAGGAAAGCAAUGGACUACAUCUUCACCCAACAUGACCUUAGCUUCCUGGAUGAUGUCAUCCCAGAGAAGGAUAAGAAAAAGAAAGAGGAUGACAAGAAGAAAAAGAAGAAGAUGAGUGUAGACAGUGAUAACGAAGAUUCUGAUUACCCAUACUCAGAAAAAGUUCCUGCAAUUAAAAUUUCAAUGGACAUGAUGGAACGAGAACCCUUCCUAGGCAGUAACAUAUCUUCUGAGAGAGAAAAGCCACCAGCAUUCCUUGAACGACACACUUCGUGCUGAUCCAAUCCCUUUCUUCCAGUCAAUCUCGAUACCAAGUCCUCCAACCACUCCAUUGAGAACUGUGCCUCAGAUAAGAAUCGAACUUGAGCCCGACUACGAACCAGGCUCCUUAUGGAGAAGCAAGGGAACAGAAACAGCGCUCUGAGCCAGCGACCCAGUGCAGUCCGCACACAUUCUCACCCGCCAACGCUGCAAGGCAGACUCGCCUUGUGUCUGGGAAUUGCAGUCUGCUCAGAAAGCUGGGGAAGGCCUGAGGCACUUUUCCUUUGCUCUCCAUCUACGUAACCCACCCCACCUCACGAACUCUUCCAGAGAGCCCUCCAAACCCUUCCAGGACUAACGUCUUUCUCGAAGAAUGUAAGAGGCAGGUGGGGAAUUGAGGAGAGGCCAGUUUGGUACGCUACAGCAGCAAGAUGCUCCUCUCCUCUUUUAACUAUUCUGCCAUUGCAGACCAGUCUAGCUCAGUUAUUCCUUAUGACCAUAUUAAGAGCCAAAAUGAAGGACUAGCGGGGAAUUGCUGACUAUGCAAAGGUUAUUUUUCCAAUGACACUUUUGCCCUGCUUGCUGGAUAAACUAAUUACAGAUACAUCAUAGUCUCUUCACACCUGACGUCUUAUAUUGAACUCCUUUUAUCAUUUGAUCCAGUAAUUAUCAGGUGGGAUAUAUUAUUAUCUAGCAGCAGACACAGUCUGUAGUCAGACAUAGCUCUACCUCUCAUUUCUAGAGUGACAGAAAUUCUGUACAAAUGAUUAUUAUUGUAUACCGCUGUGAUUAUUAAUCUCAAUCUGAAAGGUUAAAACUGGGGUCACUAGAUCAUUAACACUCUUGAACACAUCUUUGAAGCCCUUUUUAAAGCAUUGCGAGAGAUUAAAACUAUUAUUUUAUUUGUGACCAAGCAGUAAUUUAAAUAAUUAUUUUUAAAUGACACUUUUUUUGUACAGUGCUUAGCCUUAUUCUCCCACAUGUAAAAAUAGGAUAAUGAUUUUAAUUAACUCGGGGACCAAGAUGCAAGCUCUUUCCUUUAAUACCCUGCAUGCUGUGUGCUCAUGUGUACUUGCUGGUGGAUAGCCCACUUGCUUCUGGGAUUGAGCAGAGGACAACUUCAGCACAGUGCUGAUUUAGCCCGCAGGACUGGGCGAGGUGCUUAUUUUAACCACCUUCUGUCACUCUCCGUUAAUCUCAGUAGCUUUGGUCACGUUGGGUUAGAAGAUUGCCCCCUUGGUACAGAGGAACUAAUUCAAUUCAUAAAUCUUGGCUUGAACACAGAUACCCCCUUUGUUGUCGGAGUUGUGCUGCCCACCUGUGCAGUUGGAAUGGCCACAGAGAAGGCUAUGCUGAGUUCCGAGGUGGUGUCCUCCCAAGUGUGGGUCGGGUAGUGUUCUUCCUACCUUUCUGUUGGAUCCACAGUGCAGCUUCAGAAAUUAACUACAACAGUGUAAUGAAUACAUACGGCACAACCAGGCUCAGUCUCAGUCCCGGGAGGUGGGAACUGAAGACCAUUCGUCCACACGUGCAAACAGAAUAGGAGCAGAUGGCAGUCAUUUGACCCUUCAAGUAUGUUCUUCAUUUUAUCAAAAUCAUGGAUGAUUUCUGUACUGCUAUAUCCCUGUACUAUCUCCCUGAUUCCUUUGAUAUCCAGAAAUCUACUGAUUUCUGUGUUAAAUGAAUGGAGUGACUGAGCCUCCACAACACUUCAAGGUGAUGUAUUCCAAAGGCUCGUCACCCACUGAGUGCAGAACAUCCUUCUCAGUCAUAAAUGGCCGACCCCUUAUGUCCCAGACACCUCAGCCAGGAAUAGCAAUCUCCCUGUCCAGCCCUUAAGAAUUUUGUAAGUUUCAUUAAGAUCUCUGAUUCUUCUGGACUCUAGAGAAUUCCACUCAGUCUCUCCUGAUAUAGUAAAGUCGUAGACUGGCAAUCCUAGUGAAUUCUUUCUGUAUUCCUCCUAUGGCAUUUACUUCCUCCUGUAAGGGAUUUAAAACUGUUUGCGAUGCUCUAGAUGCAGUCCCAUCAAGGCUCAAUGUGUCUGGGUAAGAUAUCUUUACUUCUCUCAUAUCCUAUCAGAAUAAAGACUGGUAUACUAUUUGCCACCCUAAUCACAUGUCAGAUCUCAGUGACUUGUGUACUUGAAUAUUCAGGUCACUUUCAAAUUUAAAACAAUUUAUUGUUUAAAAAUGUUCCGUUUUUCUCUUUUACACAGUUUUCCACACUACAUUCCAUUUGCCAUGUUCUCUCCCAGUCAUUCACUUGUCCAUAUUCCCUGGGUGCCUCUUUGAACCCUUCUCCUUAUUCAUAGUCCCACCUAAAUUUGUAGCAUUGGCAAACAUGGAGAUUUGAUAUUGGUCCCUCAGUCAAUUUAUUGAAAGACAUUGUGAGUAACUGAGGUCCAAGCACUGGUCCCUAUGGUGCCAAACUAAGAAAGAUCUAUUUAUCCCCACUCUGCUUUAUAUCUGACAAAUAUUUCUCAACACAAUAAUGCUUUCCCCUCAGCUCCUUGUGGAUGAACCUUGUUGACCACCCUCCUCCUUGGGACAUUCUAGAAGGCCUGCUAAUUCCAGUCCACCUAUCUACCAGUUGCCUUUAUCUAUGUAGUCACAUCCUCAAAAUGCAAGCCUGUUCUACGAUGUAAUUAAACUCAGCCUGAUCUUAUCUCAAAUUCCAUCUCCCUGCCUUGGUUCCUUAAUGCUUAUUCCCUCAUCCAGCAAAAGUCACCCUCAGUUUCAAAAAAAUUCAUUUGACCCUAGUCUUGGUUACUCUCUGGGCAAGAGGGGCCCAGACUGACCUUCAUAUGAGGAAGACACUCCUGAUAUUACCCUUGAAUGGACGCUGAGUUUAAGGUUCAGCCCCACCACUCUCUGUCAGCCCUGGUAACCUCUUUAUUCCUUUAAAGCCUUUAGUGAUCUUGAAUUGUUUCAGCUUCUCCUACACAGCACAUGAAAGGGUGUACUAUCUGUUAUGUUAGAAGAUUGGACUGACUCUGUUUAGGAUACUUGAAGAUGUUUGGGCUUAUGCAGAGAGAUACUGGAUCUUCCUGUGUGGAGAGAUGAAGUUGGGUAUUCCCUGGUUGAGGAGUGAUCUCUCUGUGACCAAAAGGACUAAGAGCCUGUUAGCUCAGGCUGUGGAGCCUGGAGCUGGAGAAAUUCUCUCAGUAUAAGGGGCCGGCCAACUAAUACAGAUGUCCUCACUUGGAGGGCUGUGAAUAUUAGAAUUUCUCUUCCCUUGAGAACUCUGGGAAUGUACAAGCUUGGCUGAUUGGUUACCCAGUGUUAUUGGUCAAGUUUUGGAUACCUGGAAUCAGGGGCAUAGGCUGGGUGGGGCUGCUGGUGGAGGAAAGUGGGUUUGAACCACAAAAUCAUAUUGAAUGUCAUAACAGGUUGGAAGAGCUGAAAGACCUACUCCUGCUUCUACUCCUUGUGCUUCUUGCUGAAACUCUUUAAGAAUGUGCAGUUGAGAUGCUCACCUACAUUUCUUUGUCUCUCUCUCUCUCUCUCUCUCUCUCUCUCUCUCUCUCUGUUCUAAUCAAAUGUUUACUUGCAUCAAUAAUUCAUAUAACCGGAGUUGUAAAUGACGUUUGCCCUGUCCAGUAUUACCAAUGUCAGUGAGAGGUGAGGUGGGCUCUGGGGUGGGGAUGGUUUUCUCAGAGCUCACUAUAUGGUAUUCUACUUGUUACAUCCCCAAUACCAGAGGGGGUAAGCAUUGUCAAAGGGCCAAUAGUUGUUGAUGUGAUUUCAUCUGAGAAGUGGGUUCAGAGUGUCGAGGAGUAUGUGCUUGUCGAUGUGGAUACAGGAAGAGGGAUGGGCAUCUUACCUAGCCUUGAUCGAUUGCACUCAGAGCAGAUCAUUGGCUAAUUUUUACAGAGGGGUGGAAGUGAUGGAAAUGGGGAGUGGGAAAUUGGGGAAUUAGGUUGGUGAUAGAUUGGAAAAUGGUGAAGUGGGAAGGGAUAGGAGCUUGUCAAAACAGGCAGUAGUAAAGGAUGGGGAGAUGGUAUGGAGGGUUGUAAAAUAGGGGUGGGGAAAAAACGGAAAAACAGCCCCACAAAUCUAAUACAGUUUUAAUGUAAUCCUGAUAUAUGGUCAUUUGAGCAAUCCUGCAAGUUCAUUGUAAUAUAAACCCUGGGCCUCAUGGAAAACUGAAGCGUUCUACAUCUCAGCAGUCACCUGCUGUGUGGUGGAUAUGCUCUGUGCACUGUGCCAUCUGAAAGGGUGACUUUAGAACAUGUCAACUCAUGGCAACAUUGGCACUUGUUACUGACUCUCUGUUGCCCAGGAGGAGAGAGAGACAAUUAUAACCUCUCAUACCCAUCAGGAAACUGGCUGCUGUUGGAUACUCUAACACAGCGAUCAUGGAUUAAAGCCACAUGAGGUUUAACAAGCAGAAAUUUGGUAGGAGAGUUGUAAUGUUGAACAUUUCAAACCAAGUCUACACAUCCUUAUGCAGCGUGAAGCACACACCCAGGACAUUUAAGUCUACUUGGCAAAUGAUUGCAGUCUUUUGUAGAAAAGUAUUACAUUUAAUCCAUUCCUAAAAUAGCAGUGUUGAAAUUCCAGCCUUUACAGAGAGCAGCAGGGAACUGCAGCUUCUACCUACAGCCCCGCUAACACAAGCAAACCAAGCUGUGGACAGAACAAGACUGAGGAGGACAGGGAGCUGGGUACUAAAGGAGGAGAGAGAAUCAGAGGUUCAGGAACGGUAUUGGCAGGUGAAGACAGAUUUGUCAGUGGGAGCAGGGGUGGGCCUGUGGACAGAGAUAACACCAAGCCCAUGAAGAGGAUGAGAACUUUAAAGGCAAAGUGUUGCCAGGCAAGGAGCCGGUAUAGGUCUGUGAGUACAGGGCUGGGUCAACAGGACUCCUGGGAUGUGACAUAGUGUGUUUUUCUUCUACCCAUCACUGCACACAAAGUCUUCCAAUGUGAUUAUACUUGAAAUGCAUUUGACUACUGAAUCACUUCAAUCAUUCACUGAAAUACCAAACAUUCAUUACUUUGUGUUAAUAUUUUCAUUACUGUAAAUUCUGGGAGCAGCGAAGGUUGAAGGGUGGACUACAAACCAGUGAAGGAUGCACAGUAUAUGAACUCUGCCUUGCUACUCCCAGUCAUAACCUCAGCCCAUUCUUCCCCUCUGUGAUAGACUGUGUACAUUUGUAAUCUCUCAUAUGCACCUUGAGCCACUUAAGUCACUAAUAAUCUCCGCAGGGCUGGUGAUUGCCCUUGUGGGAGAAGUGUAAAGAUGUUGCAUUUAACUGUAGCUUGCCGAAUAGGUAAAAAUGGCAACAUUGAGAUGUUGGAUUAAUAUAAACAACUUUCUGUGCUAGCAAUGAUGAUUUUUUUUAUCAAAUGAUGUGGGAUAAGAAAAAAUUAGGGAGGUUUUUAUGCAUUUUUUUCAGAUCAAAUAUAUGUGAAAAUAAAUAAAGCAAUUUUAUGCACUAA